CCGGAUUCGUUCACUGACCAUACUGUUCUCUGACGAUCGCCUUGUCCCGCUUAUCUCAGUCAUUCCCGUCGAAAUAUGCAUGUUUCCGAGGCUGCGGUGGUUAUGUCUUCCAAUUUCCAAAUAUUUGGGGUUAUUCCUGUCCCAUACCCUGCACCAUUGUCAUGUAUUUCCUGGUGAUCCAUAUCAUGCGAUUUCUGUAGAUCAACUGUUCACGCUGUCUUACCACGUCCGUUUGUGCAACCAGCUUGUAACUUUGUCUUGUCCACCCCUUGACUGGGCAACAUGGGAGCACCUUUCCAACCUCCGUACCCUGGUGAAAAUCAAAGUUUGCAUUCGUCAUGGCACCCCUCCUCGGCUGUUGGGACCGCAUAUCUUGCCAUUCCUUCACCUUACGACUCUUUCCUUCUCGGUAAACAAUGCUGCAUAUGCGACCACCAUGCUGCAACAGUUACAUUUCCCCUCAUUGAAAAGUUUCUGGAUCGAUAUGGACGUUCUGGCUUCGACAGAGGCUGAGCCACUGUUUUGUGCGCUGUCCCAUUGCAAACAGACCCUGGAACGACUCACUGUUAUCUUUGAGGAAUAUGACGACCCCCAAAGCAAGUCUUUAACAGUGAUUCCACAGUUCCUUUCUUUCACACAGCUCCGAAGCCUGCACCUUAGUAGUUGUGAUUCCUGCAUCCACCUUGACAACGACCUUCUGUUGGAAGCCAUGUCAGCUUGGCCGCACAUCCAAACUCUGAAAAUAGAAGAUUGCAUUAUCGCACCUUCCGUUACAUUCCGCGGAUUAUUCACCGCAAUCCGUCAAUGUCCUCAGUUGGAAUCGUUGCGAGUGUUAAUUGACACCGUGAACAUCGACAUCGAUCCUGAUGCUGAGCCAAUACAGCAUACCUCCUUAAAAAAGUUGCACUUGGAAGCAUCCGAAUCUCUAGGAAAUGCUGAAGUUCUCGCUCGCAUCAUUUUCAAGUGGCUCCCCUGUGUCGACCAGGUCAGUUAUUGGGAGGCUUGGCAUGAAGUCAACACACAUCUCGUAUCAUUAAGAACUGCUGCGCUGCAUGAUAUAGGAGCCACCUUGAAUACCUGACUUCAACAUGGGAUAUUCAUGUGCGGGAACAUCCUGGAGUGGCUACAUUCAUUCGUGUUCGUUCGUCAGUGUCUGUCAUUGUUGGCAUGGUGGUUUUUACUAUAGCUGCAAUUGCUUUCUCCCUCGAGUCUCGCUGUCGAAUCGAUGUAUUACAUGUAUUUUGACGCCUUUAUAUUAAGUAUUUUGUAGUUAUCUCCAAAGACUUGCUGCACUCAAUCCGUAGAAAUCCUCGAAUUAGACUUUGUCCGCGGACCAAAUG